AUUUUCCUCCUGUUGUCAGAUCUGAAAUUGCAACCGGAGUUCUGCAUUCAUAAAUUGUCUAUCAAUUCAUUUGUUUCCUUUUGGUUAGGCUUCUUUCGUGAUCAUUUAUUACGGUUCCAAUUUCGUGUUGAUAUGUAACACGAUUGCGAAACAGUUUUUGAUUUCGUGGCAAUAGAUUUUGUUUCUGUAAGAAAUCCUUGAUUCUGUGUAGGUGCAUAAUGUUUUCUCUUUUCGAUCUGUCUUCGUAACUAUCGCCUUGAUUAUUCUGAUCAAUGUUUCUAGAACCUUAGCAACAGAAAGUAAUCAGAAAAUGGUCGAAACUUGUGGUCAGCAUAUCAAGCGGAGGAGAACAGAGACACAACCUCUCAAGCUAUCUAGAGCAGAGAGAUGGAAUGUCGUAGAUGAAGAGGAUGUCUUUAUGGACAUCCUAUCUCGGGUCUCUGUCAAAUCUAUCUGGUCUCUGAAGACACUUAGUAAGCACUGGCAUGGCUCAAUAAGUACUACAUACUUUUGUAAGCUGCAGUUAGCGCACUCGAGGAAGAAUCCCUCAUUCAUAGUCUGUCCUACUCUGGAGACAUCAAUGAAGUUGUAUUCAAUGGAUUCAAGGAGUUUUGAACUUUCCACUCUCAACACUAUUGAUCCCUCUGAGAGAAGCCACGGGGUGUCCCUAUACAUGAUAUCAUCUUUUAACGGACUCAUCUGUUGCGUUAAUGUGAUUUUUGACGAAGACGUAGAAAGCAAGUUCUUUGAUCUGCAGAUAUGGAUAUGCAACCCUUGUACGGGGGAGACUCUCCUUCUUCCCCAAGGGAGACCCUCGUUUGAGUGUGAGCCAUGUGUUGGAGUGGCUUAUAGCUCCGACACCAGUGACUAUAGAAUUUUCCGUAUAUUCUGCACUGGAAAGAAAAUUGCUGAAGAAAGGGAAUCUGUGGAGGGAUAUUAUGUUCGAGAAGGUUACGCCUAUGAAUGCGAGAUGUUUUGUUCUAGCACUGGUUCUUGGAAAAACAUUGGCCUUGUGCCUUGUGUUCCUAUGGAUUGUGGUCUUAGGCCAUACAAAACUGGUCAUAUUUGUGUAGGAGGAAAAGUUUAUUGGCUGGUUUCAUUAGAUGAGCCAGGUAAGAUCCUCUCAGUAAAUUUGGAAGGGAGAUUCAAGGUUAUAAACUUGCCAGAAUAUAAAGCUAAUCAAAAGGGUGAAGACAAGAUCACAGAGGCUACUCAUCUGAUAAAUUUGAAAGGAUCUCUCGCAUUACUUGUUCUACAUCCAGGCUACAUGGAUAUAUGGGUCUUGAAAGACGACGGCGAGACAUAUAGUUGGGUGCCCGUGCCUUUAUUGAAAGUUCGUAUUCGUAUUAAAGAUGAUGAAUUGGUUUUAACCGUAACUUCGUUAAAGAACAAGAUCAUAUGUGUGACUGAGACACACUGGCAUAUUUAUAAUGUGGAUACUGGAAAGUGGAAGAAGAUAAGGGGCCCUCGUACUGGAUUUAGGUAUCCUGCUGUGUUCCCAUUCACCGAAAGCAUUCUUCCAUGUAAUGGUGGUGUGAAGCUGUAGAAGGAAACAGCAAGAGUCUCGAUGUUCUUUGAUGCGAUGCAGAGAAUGUUGAAUCUGAGAGGUUGGGUGUUAAAACUUUCUGGUUUGUGUUGGGUUUCGUCUUCUUUUUGAACUUGGUUUAUGCUGUUUCUGUUUUCAAGACUUGAUUGAUAGUAGUAAUAAGCUGUGGGUGCUUUG